AUGCGGAUGCUGAUGUUUAAGCUGAUCACUAAGAGUAAUCUUGAAUAACUAGAUGCUAAAUUUGCUGAAUUCAAAAGAUAACACAAUAAAUUUAAUGUUGAAUUGACAGCAUAAAGUGAGACUUAAAUAAGACCUAAAUGA